AGUUCUUUUAUUCCGGAACCACCGAUAACGCCACGGGAAGAAGCUUGCGUGCUGGCACGGCUCAAUCAAGUUAUACAGAAUCGAAUUUCAAGUUAUGGCUGUAAACUGUCUCCUCGCAUUUCCAAGGCUGUAAUUCGUAACGGAAUGCUCACAAUGACGGUGGAUGGUGAAUUCGAGGUAGCACUAACAAUGCUUGGUGAGCGAGAGACCACCAAGUGGACGCUGUUGAAUAUCAGGAUCCUGGUCGAGGAUUACGAUGUUGGCUUUGGCACAAAACUGGUUCAUCCACUGCAAGUCAAUAUGCUGCAUAAUGUAUUGCAAUUAAGAAUGGAUAAAAGCAAAGAGGUCAGCUUUUUUUUAGCUUAA